AUGUCGUACAUGCUCCCGCAUCUGCACAAUGGCUGGCAGGUAGACCAGGGCAUCCUGUCGGAGGAGGACCGCGUGGUCGUCAUUCGUUUCGGACACGACUGGGACCCCACUUGCAUGAAGAUGGACGAGGUUCUGUACAGCAUCGCCGAAAAGAAAUGGAAGAUAGUGGGAGAUCUUUCUCAUCUUGUGUGA